AUGAAGCGCGAUCGGCGCGGCCGGUUCCUGGCGGCCGCGGGCGGCCCCGGCGCCGCGUCCCCGCAACCCCGGCGGCGCCCGGGCACGGCGGCCCGCGGGGCUGAGGCGGCGGCGCGGCCGGAGCCCCCCGCCGAGUGGGCCACGGCCGCCUGGACGCGGUCCGGCGCCCUCGGCCCGGCCCCGGAGGCAGGGAUCGGCAGAGCCCUGAGCAGCGGGUACUGCCGGCUGUGCCACGGGAAGUUCUCGUCGCGGAGCCUGCGCAAUGCCUUCGGGAAGGUGCCGGUGAUGGGGGAGAACUCGGAGAAGCAGCGCCGCGUGGAUCAGGUGUUCUUCAGCGACUUCCAGCGCCUGGUCGGCGUGGCCGUGCGGCAGGACCCGGCCCUGCCCCAGUUCGUCUGCAAGAAAUGCCAUGCCCAGUUCUACAAAUGCCGCAGCGUCCUCAGGACCUUCAUCCAGAGGGUGAACGUGUCUCCCACGGGCCACCUCAAGCCCAAAGGAAAGAGCGGCGCGGCCCAGGCGCAGCCGGGCGCUGAGGGAGCUGCCUCCUGCCUGGUGGACCUGGUGACGUGCAGCCCGCAGUGCCUGCAGGGGCUGGUGCGGUGGGCGCACACGCACGCCGGCGCCUGCCCCGCCGUGCCCAGCCUGCGCAGCGUCCUCUCCUCCGAGUACUGCGGCGUCAUCAGCGCCGUGUGGGGCUGCGGCGGCGGCCACGACCACGUCAUGGACACGGGCUCGGACUGCAGCACGCUGCUGGUCGACAACGCUCUGACUGUCAAACGGGAGUGGAACAAGGGCGCGGCACAGCGCCUGACUGACAACGGCGCGGAGGGCGCCCAGGCUGCUCCUGCGCCCACGGCCCAGCACGCUCCGGGCGGGACGGCUCCUUGCCAGCAGCCCGCGAACAGAGGGACCACGGCGCUGGAGGAGAAGGAGGCGGCACAGAACAGGGACUCAUCUCACUCGGAACUGGACAGCACGGCCUCCUCGCAGGAGAAGGCACCGCCGCAGCCACAGCCCGUGUCCCCACUGAGCACUGCCACAGGACAGUUGAGUGGGGAGCAGGUUCUGUCUGCAACGUCGGAUGAGCGGGUAAAAGACGAGUUCAGUGACCUUUCUGAGGGGGACUUCCUGAGCGAUGAUGAAAAUGAGAAGAGAAACGUGCAAUCAUCAGACGACUCCUUCGAGCCUUACCCCGAGAAGAAGGUUUCUAGCAAGAAGAGCGACAGCAAAGAAGCAAAGAAGGCAGAAGAGCCCAAAAUAAGGAAGAAGCCGGGGCCUAAGCCAGGCUGGAAAAAAAAGAUCAAAUGUGAAAGGGAGGAGCUGCCCACCAUUUACAAGUGUCCUUACCAGGGGUGCACGGCCGUGUACCGCGGCGCGGACGGCAUGAAGAAACACAUCAAGGAGCAUCACGAAGAGGUGCGGGAGAGGCCCUGCCCUCACCCCGGCUGCAACAAGGUGUUCAUGAUCGACCGGUACCUGCAGCGCCACGUGAAGCUCAUCCACACCGAGGUACGGAACUACAUCUGUGAUGAAUGUGGACAGACCUUCAAGCAACGCAAACACCUCUCGGUCCAUCAGAUGCGGCACUCGGGAGCGAAGCCCCUCCAGUGUGAGGUGUGUGGCUUCCAGUGCCGCCAGCGCGCCUCGCUCAAGUACCACAUGACCAAACACAAAGCGGAGACGGAGCUGGAGUUCGCCUGCGACCAGUGCGGGAAGCGCUUCGAGAAGGCCCAUAACCUGAACGUCCACAUGUCCAUGGUGCACCCUCUGACCCAGACUCAGGACAAAGCCAAGCCACUGGAGCCAGAGCCCCUUCUCCUCCUCAGUACUUCAGGGACUUCAGAGAGCCAGGCGGUAAAGCCAGAAGUGACUGCGCAGCAGGAGCCCACCUGAGGGGCAGGGGCAGCUCAUCCAGCCCAGCCCAGCCCUGGAGGAACCUGACAGCACCGUGGAGAUCUUCUUAAUCUACGUUUUAGUCUCCCCCAGGACUCACUCGGUGGAAUUAGCUUCAGCUUGCUCAGAAAAAGCUUGUUUCCAUGCUGUGAUUCUCCAUGCUCACGUCUGACUCAGCAGUGUUGUACUAAGAGACUGUCACGUGCCCGGGCAGGGAGGGUGGGUGGGCAGCAUCUCGUCGUGGUCCCCUUCUCCCCACGCACGCAGCUGUGGACAGGGAGCUGGCCAUGACUCUUCCUUCCUUCCUGCAGGAGCUGCAGCCUCGUCCAGCAGGGCCCUCAGGUGCCUCUGAGGCUACAGCAGCCACUGGAGCAACUGUAAGCACUUAGACGUUUCAUUUUGGAAAACAACAACAAAUUAUUCCCAAAGUUAAGUCUAAAUUGACAUUUGUAACCUACUUUUUAUUGUAACAAGAGCUUCAUGGUUAUGCUUGUAAUAAAUUAUUUACAAAGGAA